AUGCCCUCAUUUGCUGAUAGCUUUUGGUCUGAUGAUUUUUCCGUAGGUAUAGAGCAGCUAUUUCGCGAGCUUCACAAAGGAUGUAGUCAAAACGCGCUCUUCAUUCAGUUAUUCGCGUUGAGAAUGCAAUACGAGGUAAAUUAUGGGCGUCAGCUCUGCAAGACAACUUCUAGUAUCGAAGGGCUUGCUGCAGUUGCAAACUCAACGCAGUCGCUUGACGUUGCUCUCAGUCAAUUGGUCAGCGUAUCCGAAAGAGAAGGUAAUGAGCAUUUGUCGAUUGCAGCAGAUAUCGAGGUCACUGUGCUGCGACCUUUCAGCUCAUGGUGCGAGGAUCACGAAGGAAGAGUUGAUUAUUCGGAAAAAAUACUGAAAACUAAUGUGUCGAAUUAUCAGAAGUCAGAGAAAUACGUCGAGAAGCUAGAGCAGAGUUAUUUUAAUAAAUGCAGACAGCUUGAAGAUUACAAGAGGUCUCAUUUUAACGACGAUGAGCUGGCGAAAGCCAUGAAACAGCUGGAGAUUUAUCAAGAACAGGAAGAAGCGCUCGCCAAGGAGCGAGAGUAUGAACCGUUUGGCAAGUUUGGUUAUCUUGAUUUUGACGUUCGCACGAUGCGGGAGACAGUGGCGCUUCUCCUCACCAAGUUGGAAAAGUCCGAAUACAAGGUGCCCUUUAUCAAUUAUCAUUUUGACAAUACGAAUAAUGGCAGUGAAAUCGUUAAGUUCCUGAUGGAUAAUCUAACUUUGAAAGACGUAGAUCAAGCUGAGACUUUCGGUCAAGAUCUUUUAAAUGGUGGGUUUCUCAAAUACUGUAAUGGUGUAGGGACUACAUUUGUAAAUUCCAAAAAGUUCCAAUAUAAUUGGAAGCCCUACGCCUACAAGUUUGCACAAAUUCAACUACCCAACGCCCACGAAAUUGGAGAAGAGCAAGUUGAGGAAGGCCCACAAGCGCUUUCCGAAUACUUCUCAGAUCUAACUUCUAAAAUAUCUAGCUCGCAACCUCUGACAAUAUCUCCAGCUGCUGUCUCAAACAACGAACGGGCCCUUUUCAGAUUUAUGAAGGAUAUAGAUUGGGCCGAUUCAAAAUACAGAAAAGAGUGUAAGAAGCUCGAUGCUCUUCGUUGCUCCCUAGAAGAGCUUUUGGUUGAUCAUUUUACAUUCAUGGAAAAAUGUGAGUUAGAUAGACUUAAGGCUCUAGAGAAGGUAAUUUUGGACUUUUCUCCAAUUCUGUCAAAAAAUACUUCUGCCUUGAACCACUUGCAUGAUGCAAUCUUGAAAACAGGAACUGAAGUUGACCCCACUUUGGAUUUGCUAAAGCUAGUGGAAAGAUCAAGAACUGGUCCUUUUCAACCUCGUGUGAUAACUUAUAAUAAUUAUUACAAUCCCGGUGGGUAUCAAAAUUUUGGCAUAGAUUUGGAAACGCGGUGUCGUUUGGAUAAGAAAGUUGUACCUCUGAUCGUUUCUGCCAUUUUAUCCUUUAUGGAUCAGGUAUACCCUGAGUUACCAAAUGAUAAUGUGAGAACAACCGUUUGGACGGUUCCUGUCAAAUUACUCUCAACGCAUAAGCUGAGAGAAGCUUUAAACGAAGCACCUUUCCAAGAAGAGAUUGAGGUCACCGAAAAACUAAAAGCAUUUUCAAAAGAGCCAAGCACAAUAGCAAGUGCUCUUAAGGUAUAUUUGCUCGAGCUACCGGAGCCUUUGAUUUCCGACGACGUUUAUGACAUUUUAAAAGCACUUUAUGCUGAGUUUCCUCCUUCCGAGGUCGAGAGUCCUCAGCAGGCAGCGGUGGACUCUCAAAGAAUAAAUGGUAUUUCUAAUGCCUUUAAUUCCUUAUCCAAACCACACAUCGCAACGCUAGACGCACUCACAUCUCAUUUCUCAAGGUUAGUUAAAAUCUUGAAAAUGGGUUCCUCUGCCUCCAGCGGAACUUUGGCCAGCGAAUUCGUUCGAUCUGUCUCACAAGAAUUUGCUAAUUGCAUAAUUAGAGUUAGUUUCCCAAAUGGUAACGAUCUAGGAUACAAAAUCUUCUCGGAUCUUCUGCUCUUCAGAAAACCUGUCUUUCGCGAGUUGAAGCGACAAAGCUCUAAGGCGCAGAGCGACUUCGCCAGUUAG